GUGAGGGACAGACAGACAGACAGAGGGAGAGGGUGUGAGGGGCGGAGGGCGGAGGCGUUUCUCGUUGGUUAUUAUUUUAUUUCGGGGGGAGGAGGAGGCGGAGGCGGGUGUCGGGCAGCCCGCGGGGAGGCCGGGAACAUGUCGCGGAGCCUGUGGAUGGGGGAUCUGGAAAAUUAUAUGGAUGAAAACUUUAUCUCCAGAGCCUUUGCGACAAUGGGCGAAACUGUAAUAAGUGUAAAAAUUAUUCGGAAUCGAGUGACUGGGACGCCAGCAGGUUACUGCUUCGUGGAGUUCACAGACCAGGCUGCGGCUGAGCGAUGUCUGCUGAAGAUCAACGGGAAGAAGCUUCCUGGUGCUUCACCUCAGCCCAAAAGGUUUAAGCUCAACUAUGCUACAUAUGGAAAGCAGCCAGACAACAGUCCCGAGUAUUCGCUGUUUGUUGGAGACUUAACACCAGAAGUUGAUGAUGGGAUGCUGUAUGAAUUUUUUGUUGAAAAAUACCCUUCGUGUAGAGGAGGAAAAGUAGUAUUGGACAAUCUAGGAAACUCCAGAGGCUACGGGUUUGUGAAGUUCUCAGAUGAAAAUGAACAGAAACGAGCUCUCGGUGAAUGUCAAAGUGCCAUUGGAAUUGGGGGGAAAGCUAUAAGGCUGAGUGUAGCUAUACCAAAAGCAAAUCGAGUGGCGAAACCACCAGAGUACAACCAAGCUUACACCUACAACUAUAACCAGUAUUACCAGCCAUACCAGAACUACUAUACUCAAUGGGGAUAUGAUCAGUACACAGGAAGCUAUAGCUACAGCUACCAACAGUAUGGCUAUACUCAGAGUACCAUGCAGUGUUACGAUGAAGUUGGCGAUGAUGCUCUGGAAGACCCGCUUCCUCACUUAGAUGUUGAAGAAGCCAACUUGCAGUUUAUGGAGCAGAGUGAAGAAUUCUACGAUGCCCUAAUGAAUUGCCAUUGGCAGCCGCUGGACAGUGUCACAUCUGAAAUCCCUGCCUGAUCCUGCGGAUUAGAAUCGGUACAGUAAAGUCACCGAGCUACCAGAAGCUCCACGCCAAGUUAUUCUCUCCUCAUUGACUUAGAAUGCGGGGAAGACAGGCCCCAUCGUUUUGUUUCUGCCUCAAAAGAUUGGCCAGUUUAGACCCGCAGUCGUUUGAUGUGGUUUUUUACUGUGACAAAAACCAAUCAAUAAUGCUGUAUCCUCUUGUUCUUGUUUUUGUUUUGCAAAGUUGGCGAUAGCAAUUGUUCAUAACGAUAAGUUCUUCCUUUUAAAGUACAGAAUGCGUCCCAAAGAUGUUGGCAUUAGGGCUUUUUACAAUAAUUCCUUCAUGGUCCCAGGAUUGUUUUUUUUAAAUAUAAAUAUAAUUGUGGGCAAUGGGGAGAGGGAGGGGAGUUUGGAGGAGUGAGUUGUAUGGUCAAUGGGGUUCGAUGUUUUUAUAAGCAUCCUGAACCCAUCAGGUUAUUAUUCACAACCUUCCAUUUCUACUUUAAAAUCCAUUUCUACUUUAAAAUUGUUGGCAAUUUUGACUUUUAACACAAAAUAGUUCAAAUACCCAUUGACAAAUUCAAGGGUUCCUCAAGAUAGAUACAGUUGUCAACUGAAACGAUUCAUUUUAUAUUCGGGAGUGAGAAUUGUGGCAUUUGCAAUGCAAUGUAUCAGUCAUCUGACUUAACAGCAAAAUAUAAAAUUAUUCAGCACACUGUAUGUAUAAUAUCAAUAACUCUCAUAUUGCUAACUACCCUUAAACCCUCAUUUUCCCUUGAAGUCAAAACCUUUUAUUAAUCUUUUAAAAAAAUCAGAUUAUGAUCGUCAGUCUUGUUAGCAUUUUCACAUUCUGUUGUAGUUCAGAAUUAUUAAAAUGGGGGCGAGGGGGGACGACUACGACAAAAUUCUGAUUAUCAUGGGUUUUGCACAUCGGUACAAUUAUUCUUUAUCCUCCCUCCUUCCCUCCCCAGUGACGUUGCAAGGUAGUGAAGUUGCAAACUUGGAUAGAUUGUAGGGUCAGGUUUGCGCUGUGCUUGUGAGUACAGCAUUCUAUCGGAAAAAGAAGGUAAUUACGUCCUUCAUUGACCCAGGCCAACUCUACAAACACACUUUAAAUGAAUAGCGUGUAUAUAUAAUUUAUGUAAAAUUGACACUCUCCCUCAAAACAGAUUAUUUUGUUAUUUAAUUUCCAUUUUCCUUGUUCAAGGCAUUUCCAGCUUAGAUCUGAGUUUUGAGGCCCCGAUUGCACUAUGACUUGUCGAUACUACUGAGUUGCAAAGGACGCUUCUGGGAUCUUGACCUGUGAAUUAAUGACUGGGUACCACAUAUUGUGAUAUUCUUUGUUCUCAAAGUGAAAAUGUUAAGUUUGAAUUAACUAAGCCCUACUUGCGAACAUGUUUUAAUUUUUUUUCCAGUUGUACUUUCUCAAAUUUUAGAUUUUAUGAUAUCCAGAAGCCUAGAAAAACAAAAAAAUAUUUUGUAAAAUAAAAACAAAUAAAGGCUAUUUUCU